UUUUCUUCAAUUUACAAGUCAGUAUAGUUAAUCUUAUAGAAGUGCUCAGAUAAUUUUUUAGUUUCCAUUAUUUCUCGUGAAAUGAAUUAAUAUUCCAAGUGAUUCUAAAUUUGAUUACAAAUUCGACAAAAUAAGAAAGUGUAGCAUUUUAGUGAUCAUUCUAAUUGUGAUAAAUCAUCUCAAACUGUUAGAUAAUGGAGAAAAAGAAAAUGAUGUAUGAUCUCUUGAGCGCCUUGAGAGAAAGGGUGUUUUUCGCAGCGAGGGAUGGAAUGUCUUUGACCCUGUAUGCGUUGUUAUUUGAAAAAAAAUAUGACGAAAUUGAUGAACUAGUGAACAAUGACGUAUGCUGUGAUGGGGUGAAGUGUACACCUCUUAUAGCUGCGGCGCGACACGGCAGGGAAGGAUGUGUUAGGAUACUCUUAGACAAAUUCCGACCUCCAGUCAGAAUAGAAACAGAAGGAACAGUGAAAUUUGAUGAAUAUGUUAUAGAAGGUGCAACAGCACUAUGGUGCGCUGCGGGCGCAGGUCACCUGAACAUAGUGAAGCGGCUGGUGCGCGCGGGCGCGAACGUGAACCACGCCACCAAAACGCUGAGUACGCCCCUCCGCGCCGCCUGCUUCGACGGCCGCCUCGAUAUCGUCCAGUACCUGGUCAGGCAUGGCGCUGACAUACACAAAGCGAACAAAUACAACAACACGUGUUUGAUGAUUGCAGCAUACAAAGGACAUUUAGAUGUGGUCCAGUUUCUGCUAGACAUGGGAGCGCGAGUGGACGAGCGUGCACUGUGCGGUGCUACCGCGCUGCACUUCGCGGCCGAGUGUGGCCACGCGGCCGUUGUCUGCGCCCUCAUAGACCACCACGCUAAGAUGCUCACCAAUGAGAACGGCAUGACGCCGCUGCAGUGCGCGGCGGAGCGUGCGCGUGCGUCGGUGGUGGAGGUGCUGGCGGCGCGGCCCGACGUGUCGCGCGCGCAGGCCAUCGAGGCCUUCGAGUUGCUCGGCGCCUCCUUCGCCAACGACAAGGAGUACUACUGCCUCAGGAUGGCAUAUCAGUACCUACACAGAGCGAUGGCGAUGCGAUACGACACACGGUAUGGCCUGAUGUUGAAGAAGCCUGCGGAUCCGAUCCCUGCAUAUGACAAUUGGAGGGAAAGCACUACUUUAGAGGAGGUGGAGCGGCUGCACGGGCAGGCGCACGCGCUGCACAUGGAGGGGCUGGCGGUGCGCGAGCGGCUGCUGGGCCGCGCCAGCCCCGACCUGCCGCACCCGGUCGUCUUCCGCGGCGCCGUCUUCGCGGACGAGGCGCGCUUCGACCGCUGCCUCGCGCUCUGGCGACACGCGCUGUUGCUGCGCCAGCACAACCAGGUAUCGGUUGUAAAGGACCUGCUCAGAUUUGCUCAAGUAUUCUCACAGAUGAUCCACAUUGGCAUAGAAUUACCAUUAAUACAGGUUGGUUACGUAUUAGAAGCGUGCGCGGAGGAACUCAGGAGAGGAUUAAAGAGACUGGAAAAGCCACAAUUGAAUCACGACCCUGAGUCGUUAAUAAGUUUGGUGCGCGCUCUGGUGUUGCAGGACGAGUACGAGAGCAACGUGCGCACCGCUCUAUACCUGGUCGCUGUGGCUGCGAGACUGUUGGAGAAUAAGAAUAGUGACGACGAGACGGCAAGUUCGAUCCGCCGCGCGAUAUUCGGUCUAAGAAACACUCGGCUGCGAUCCGGACAGACCUUGUUACAUCUGGCUGCCGACAGGCGGACGCCCGUCGACGACUUCCAUACUAGCGACGUUUGUCAAUUCCCCUGUACAAGGUCACUGAGGUUGCUGCUGGAGUGUGGUUUAGAAAUAGACGCCGCGGACGACUCCCGGAGGACGGCGCUCCACGUCGCGCUCAUAUCCUACCAAAUUACACCAGACGAGCGCGAGCAAGGCAGUGAAGCAGUGUGCGGCGCAGUGUGCGAAUUGCUCGGCCGCGGCGCACACGUCGAUGCUAUGGACGCGGACGGAAUCACGCCGCUGGUCGCCGCCAUUGGAAGUCCAGCAGAACACCUAGUCCGGGCAGCGCUAAGUCCGCGGCUAUCUUGCCUAGCUGCGGCCACGCUGGCCAUGCACGGAGCCAAGUACAACCCCUCGCAAGUACCCCGAGACCUCCAUGGAUUCCUCACCAUGCACGGGGUAACAGCAAUGCAGCAUUAGCCUAAUCUAGAAUCUUCCAGCACAUUACGGAUUUCGUAUCCAACCAAAGCGCUUAUAAACACCAUAGACAAUAGUUUCAAUUUAAAUAUAGAAGGGAUGUGUUAAAAAAGAAAAUAAUUACAUAGAAUCAAAUAUAUUUUUAUCCUUCUAACAAGUAUUUGUAUCUCUAUAGCAUUGCGUAAUUGACAGGUUAUUAUCGCAACAGAUUGUAUAUCAAUAGAAUCUAACAGAACAGUAGAUAAACCAAAAACGUGACCUUGGUUUAGUGAUGUACAAUGAUAAUAUCGAUAAAAUAUCGAUGGAUUGAAUGAUUGGUGUCAAUUCUGAGUUGCCAUUUCCCUAAAUCGGAGGGAAACUCUGGCGAAACUGCACACACAUUCAGGUCGUGUAAUGAUCUUUCUGCCGAGGUUCUCCUUAGAGACUACAGCAUGAAGUUCUUUAAAAUGGGCGUAUUAAGGUUUCUUUAGGGUCAACAACGGGUCUAUAGGCUACAGUAACCCCGUUUACCAUCAGACGGGCUGAAUGUUUAAUAAAAUGAAUGAGAAGACACAUAUGAAUUAAAUUUGUAACAAUUUAUGAUGGUCCAUGAAACAAUAAUUUCGAGAAAUUAUUAAAUUAAAAUAUUACGUUAAGGGAAAGACUUAGAGAAUUAACGCCUCAGAUUCGACCUCAAUGUUUCAUUUUAAUUUUUUUUUUCAUUUCAAAGACACAUUAUAGAUUAAUAUUCUAUGUAUUCUAUCUUGAAUUUGUGUUACAUGAAAUGAUCUGAUUAAUUUAUUAUUUAUACUAGUUUUAGUAAUUGUUAUAGUUAUUCAUAUAGUCACAAAGCGACCUCUGUAUAUAGGAAGCGUAGGAAUCGAGAAAAUUAAUUUCAUGUCUAUGUAACUAUUUACUAGUUUAUGGUUGACUUAUGGUAAAGUAGAAUCGUGCCUUUAGCAGCGUAAAUAGAUAUGACCAUAUAGCAUUCAGACCUUUCUAAAUACAUUUUAUAAUAGUCAUUGUAUCUUAUUUAUAAGACAUAGGUAGCAUCGCUUUUAGGGUGUAUCUUUAUUGUUAAAAAGAUAAUAUUUGUAUAUACAAAAAUUAAAUUGGAAGAUUCUGCUUCUUUAUUUAAUUUGGGAUUUAAUUAUCCUCUCUAACGAGUAAGAUUUAGGUUAAUCGUUGAAACGAUUCUAUUUCAAAUUACUUGUCCAAUCUUACAUACCAAUUAUUUACACUUCUUUUUAAUUUAAUUUUUUUUCUAUAAGAAAUAUCCCAGAAUCCCUAGAAAUAUCCCUUCAAAAGCUUUAAAACUUAACACCAAAAGAGAAAUUAUUACAUAUAGUUGGCUACAUAGAAAUAACUUUACAUCUCAUACAAAUUAUAACUAUAAUUCUACCAUUAUUAUGAUAAUACAAAGUGCUUCGAAAAUCCGUAAUGUGCAUUUAAAUUAAUACGACUGAUCGACUAAUCUUAUUCGAUAAUCGAUACUCAAAUCGGAUUGAGCGACAAUCGACGUUACAAUGGUAACACUAAUGCUUAUUGGCAUUACGUACGUUGACCGUCUCAACUGUAUUGUUUAAAAUGUGCUAUAUUAUUUAAUAAAUAUGACUGAGAGAAGUUUUAGAUAAUAAUGUUGUAUACUAAAAUUGUUUUAAUUCCUAAUAGAUUGCUAAUAAUAGCUUUAAAUGGAAAUAUGGAUGGAAAAAUAAACAUUAUGCUUAUAAAAAUAGAAUUCAAAAUAAUAAAAUGACAUGUAAUUUAAUAGCAAUACAAUUUGCUCGCCAUAUACAUAUAUGAAUGCCAUAUACAAGCUUAAAUCGAAACAGGUAAGCUCUAUCAGUGAAGAUGUAAUUUUUUUUUUCUAAAAAACAUAAUCCAUGUUUCUUUAGAAAGAAAAAACUACAAAAUCUGAGCCUUGAUGAUCUGAAAGCUGUUUUUUUUUUUUUCAAAACAAAUAACGUGUUUUUCUAGUGAAAUUGUACUUUUUUCUAUAAUAAAAGAAGAAAUAUAUAUGGAAAAAGUAUUCAAUUUCAUUUGUAGAAUGCCCCUUAAGUGGGAGAUAUUAAACUUGAUUUUCAGUCUGUAAAUUUUAUAUAAUGCAAUCUGCUUUCUAAUCUCUAAUACUUACCAAUAAAUGCUACAUGAAAAUUUUACAAAACGCUGAAAAAUCACAGUA